GAAGCUGCUGCUCUUUGUUGGCGUUGCUUGCUGCUGACCAAGCUCUCUUCUUCUCCUCCUCCUCCUUUUCGUCCUGACAUCCUCAUCACCCCCCUUUGCAAUUUGCAUCAUCAUCCUCACCUCCUCUUUGGUUUAAAUACCCUGUCUUAGCAGCAGCCACAGCACAGCUUCCUUCCUGCACUCUCUGCUCUCCUUGGAGCUUUUCUUUCUCAAGAGACAAGAAAGAUUUCAGAAUCUUUGGAUGGGGAUCUGUGCAUCUUCAGAGCAGCUGGAGCAUGUUCAUGAGACAGAUGAGAGCAUUGUGUAUGUGAAGGAUGAGCAAGGAAGGGGGGGUAGGGGGGUGGAGAGUGGGGGGGCUAGGAAGGUGGCCUCCCUCUUCUCCCAGAGGGGCAAGAAAGGCCCCAACCAGGACUCUGUCAUCCUCUGCCAGGGAUUCGGCAUGGAGGACGGCGUGUUCUGCGGCGUGUUCGACGGCCAUGGCCGGUGCGGGCAAUUCAUCAGCAAGCUGGUGCGGGACUACCUCCCGUUCAUGAUCCUGAGCCACCGGAACGCGCUGCUCCUGGCCGACGCCGCCGCCGACGACGACGACGACGCCGCGUUCAGCGACGACGCGGCGGCGUCGUCGUCCGCGGACAGCAGCGGCAACUCGUCGCCGCAGCCGUCGGCGUCGGCGUCGGCGCAGAUGCUGGAGGAGUGGAGGCAGGCGUGCGCCAGCGCGUUCGCCGCCAUGGACGGCGAGCUCAAGCUCCAGCCGAACCUCGACUGCGCGUUCAGCGGCACGACGGCGGUGUGCGCCAUCAAGCAGGGCAGGGACCUCAUCAUCGCCAACCUCGGCGACUCGAGGGCGGUGCUCGCCACCAUGUCGGACACCGGCUACCUCCAGGCGGUGCAGCUGACGGUGGACCACAAGCCGAGCGUGCCGGAGGAGGCGGCGAGGAUCAAGCGGAGCGGGGGGAGGGUGUUCGGGCUGAAGGACGAGCCGGGGGUGAUGCGGGUGUGGCUCCCCGGCGAGAACUCGCCGGGGCUCGCCAUGGCGAGGUCGCUGGGCGACAUGAGGCUGAAGCGGCACGGCGUGAUCCCGGCGCCGGAGGUGACGUCGCGGCGCGUGACGGGCGCCGACCUGUUCAUGGUGCUCGCCACGGACGGGGUGUGGGACGUGCUGAGCAACGAGGAGGUGGUGUCCAUCGUGUGCGCGACGCCGCGGAAGCAGCACGCGUCGAAGGCGGUGGUGGAGGCCGCCGUGCAGCGGUGGCGGGCCAAGUUCCCGACGUCCAGGGUGGACGACUGCUCCGCCGUCUGCCUCUUCCUCCACGACCACACCCUCGGCACGGCCGCCGCCGCCUCCGCCGCAGCCGCCGCGGCCGCCAGAAAGGCGCGCAGGGCCUCCACCGCCACGCCGCCGGCGAGCUGAGGACACAAAGAAGCUCUCGCUCCGGCGAGCUCGAUAUUGUCCGUGUUUUUGCAGUUUUUGUUGAUCUUGAUGUGCUGCAAAUACCUACAACCUCCGUCCCAUAAAAAACCAAAUCCUAGCAAUGGACCUGGAUAUAUGUGUGUCCAGAUUCAUCGCUGGAAUUUGACUCUUUUUUUUUUUGGACAGAGAGAGUAUGAAUUAGUAGAUAAAUAUAGUCUAUUGUAACAUAGUUUAGAGAAGAUGGGAAAAAAAGAGAGGCAAUUGCGAAAAUGCAAAUGUUGCCAAGAAAAGAGAGGGAAAAAAGAAGCUGUUUUUACUUUUGAUGAUCAUAGUGAGGGGGAGAUAUUGUAAUGGCUGAAGAAUGGCAAUCAGCCAAUCUGAUGUUGUUUGUGAGAUACCAAUUGCUUGUUGGCAAUUUGGAACUUUGGAAUGACAUUGUAAAUACCUCGCAUAAAAAAUUGUAAAUACUUGGAUAUGUUCCUUUUAUAUUUCUAGUGUUCUUUACUA